GUGACAAUGCCAAGGAACGACUAUUGGAACUUGUGCAAAACUAUAGCAGCGAACUGGGAUCGGGUAACCGGUUCCGAGUGGUGGCCGAUCAUGCCGAAGAGAUCGAACAACUACCAGCCAUCAUGGGCAAGAGCCUCCUGGACGGCGUGAUCACUGUGCUCAACUGUGAGGAAACACGUGAAGCCUUUGAGCUGGUAUCUGAGAAACUCCCCAAGACGUUCAUGGUGUCUAUCGUGGAGCCAUUCUGCCCCAGGCUGGAGAAGUCCUACGUCCUCAAUUUUCCCGUCCUCACCACACCUAUGGACUUUGCCCCGCUCCUGGUGGAUCUGCGCAACACUGAAGCCAUGAGGAACUGGAAGAGCAUUGUUGUCCUCCACCACCCCAACUACACGGUGGACCACGUGGAAUCUUUGGCUAAGGCUCUAACGGGUCCUGGUCCUCGUGCGAAGGACGCAGCCAUCGUCACCUACCGCACUUGCUAUAACGAGCCCUGCACAGAUCCUGGCUCCUCCUUGGAGGAUAUCAUCACGGUGUUCUCGGAGCAAAUCCACGUGCGUAACUUCGUCAUCCUUGGAGACCUGGAUAUGGUCAAGAAGACACUGACCAGGUUGAGCAAUAGCGGCAUGAUGACGUUCCACCGGGAAUACGUGGUGGCCAUGACAGAGCCCGAAGACCAGGAGCUCGUGGACUUUGCCCGGGUCGUUCCCGACGGUGCCAAUCUUCUACUUGCGUCGCCGGAAAUGAAGUCGCAAGACUGCCCGGUGGAACCAGGCUGUCACUUGCCCCUGGUUGUGGAGACGUUUGCACGCACAAUUGGUGACAAGCUUCAGAAGGGCACUUACCGCACAUCGCGGGAGUUCUUCACCACGAGCUUCAUCUUCUCAAAUACCUCGAGGAGCCUACUCCUCGAGAGCCAGCGUUGUGCCCAGUGUGCCAGGUACGGAUUCAAGACCGUGGCCAAGGUGCAGGGCAAACAAGAACUGACACCUAUUGGCGAGUGGACGUUGGUGUCCGGCAUCAAAAUGGCCCAUAAGAAUCUUUUCCCCGGUAUCAUAGGCGACCUGGGAGGUCUGAUGCUCACCAUUGGAGUAAUCAACGAUCCUCCGAUGUCCAUAGUGGAACUAGAGAGAGAUGGCGUCACUGUCAAGAACGUCACCGGUACCAUGGCUGACAUUAUCCACGCCCUCUCCAUCGGCCUCAACUUCACGUACCAAUGGAAGGUACCCAAAGAAGCUAUCCCUGGUCAGUUGGAGGAUAGAGUAUGGAACGGCCUUAUUGGAAUGUUGGAACGACGGGAAGCUGACAUUGGCGCUUACGGCUUUUCCGUGACCAAGGAACGGGCCGAGGUAGUCAACUUCACUUCUGCAUAUGAUGAAUCACCUUACAAGAUCUUAGUCCCAAAGCCUCGGCCAAAAUACAAAUACCUUUUCUUGGAUCCUUUCACCUGGGACACAUGGGUAGCGGUGCUGGCAUCAGUAUUAUUCAUCGGUCCAGUGCUGUGGGGUAUUCACAACGCCAGUCCAUACUACGAUUACUACGGACUGCGCAAUGGGAAAGGUCUCUUCCUCUUGCAGAACUGCGAGUGGUAUUGCUUCGGAGCUGUCAUUCAACAAGGAGGCAUCCAUCUGCCCGAAGCCAUCUCGGGUCGGAUCUUAGUCGGCUUCUGGUGGCUUUUCGUCAUUGUUACACUGACGACAUACAGCGGCAACCUUGUGGCCGAUCUGACCUUCCCCAAAAUUCGGAACCCUGUGGACAGCGUUGGGGACCUGGUGGCCCAUCGAGGGUACAUGCGUUGGGGGGCCUUCAAGGGACAGGCCAUCUUCCAACUACUCCAGUCGCAAGAACCAGGUCCGCUGAAGAUCUUAUCGGAACGGAUGAUUCAGUUGGAGCCCAACCACGAGGGAUGGGUGCUGGAACAGGUCCGCCAGGGCUACAUGGCACUUAUCGGCAGUGAAGUGACAAUGUUCCACUUCUUGGGGAGGGAGCUCAAUCGAACGGGCGACUGUGACUUCGCCGUUGCCAAGGGGGAAGUCAUCCGGGACGUCAAGUCUCUGGCCGUACGAGUCGGAUUCCCUUACUUGGACAGGCUCAACAAUGAGCUGAAGCGACUGGUCGAAUCAGGACUGGUGAUGCGGUGGAAGAAGAAACAUUGGCCACGCGACAAUCAGUGCACCGUCGAGUCCAAGCCUCAGGCCGGCGACAUUCGAAAGAUCACCUUGUCCCACAUGACUGGCUCUUUCUGGGUGCUUGGUGUCGGCUUCCUUUCUGCCAUCACCGCCCUCAUGGUGGAAUUUGUUCGACGCAAGCGACAGCUGACGCCGCCUCCGGCGCACCGUCCGGCCAUCAUCCACACCAAGAGCCCCUACUUUCAGAGGACAUCCCGAAAGGACUUUGGUCGUGACAAUCCGGGCUUUGCCUUCAGCCCGCCAAAUAGUCCGUUCCGUUACAAUGGUUAUCCCAACAACCGUAGCACCGAUCUUAUUCCGUAUAACUAUCCUGCUCGCCGUUACUGAGCCAACUUCACGGAACUCGUGUCAGCAACCUAAUUGAAAUA